AUGUUCGGCGGAUCAUCCAACACAACCACUGGGUUUGCUGGGUUUGGUGCCAACAAUAACGCGGCAUCGUCGACUUCGCCAUUUGGAACGACCAACACCACCUCGCCGUUUGGAUCCAACCAGACCUCUAACAAUGUUUUUGGCAACUCCAAUGCCAACAACACCGGUUCUGGAUUCUCGUUUGGGCAGGCAAACAACAAUGCCUCGAAUUCUGGUGCAAUUUUUGGUUCCAACAACAAUGCAUUCGGUGCAACAAACACCACCAAUGCGUUUGGCUCCAAUACCAAUACUGGGGGAGCAGGACUCUUUGGAAGCAGACCAGCUGCUGGUGGGUUCGGCUCUAUCAACUCGAACGUAACACCAGGUUUUGGAGCGGCUGGAACAACCACGUCGCCGUUUGGUGCAGGUGCUUCGAGUUUUGGCAGUUCCAAUGCUGCUGCCAAUGGAUCAACAGUUCCUUUCAAGGCCUUCAGAGAGGACGAAGCGAGUGGAACCUUGAUUUUCGAGAGCAUUUCCGCAAUGCCUCAAUAUAGAAACUACUCAUUCGAAGAGCUGAGGGUAAUGGAUUACGAGCAGAAUAGACGGUACGGAAAUGGCCAGACCAGUGCUCCUGCUGUGGGAGGGCUCUUUGGUGCAAGCAACACAGCUGCCUCCACGGGAACAGGCUUUGGAUUUAAUAAGCCUGCUACCACCAAUGGUAUAUUCGGGAGCACGAACACUGCAGCUCCUUCUGCUUUUGGUUCUUCGAACACUGGAACCUCUAACGCAUUUGGGUCCGCUUUCGGGUCUGGGCUGAACAACAAUAACACUGCUUCUGGCUUUGGGGCCACCAAUAACUCCUCCAGUCCGUUUGGUUCGAACAACGUCUUUGGAAAUAACAACAAUGCUGCUCCAGCUACUGGAUUUGGACAGACCAACAAUGCUUUUGGCUCUAAUGCCACUACGGGAGGUAAUAAUCUUUUCGGAGCAGCAAGCAACAAUUCCUCCUCUCCAUUUGGAACCGGCAAUAACGCACCUAGUGGCGCGUUGUUUGGCUCGAACAACACUAACACCACCUCUAAUGCCUUUGGAAGCAAUACCAGUUCCGGCUUCGGUGCCAAACCUGCUGGUGCACUGUUCGGCAGUACUACUCCAACCUCCAAUGCCUUUGGAGCCCCUGCCACAAACAACACCACCGGUUCAGGAUUCUCCUUUGGAGGAAAUUCUUCCAACAAUACAGGCAGUGCCGGGCUAUUUGGUGCCAAACCUGCCACUGGGGGCCUCUUCGGAUCAAGCAACACUACUAAUACCUCAGGUGGGUUCGGACUGGGCAAUGCCACGCCUAACAACUCAGCUAACACCGGCAGCGUGUUUGGAAAUAAACCUCAAACCACAACAGGUGGAUUCUUUGGUAGUAACAACGCCCCAGCUGCUACUUCCUUCGGAUCUACAAACACCAACACAGGUUCUGGGAGCAUCUUCGGAAAUAACUCUUCUGCCACUGCUCCCAGCACUUUCGGUGCUGCCUCAAACACCAGUGGAGGACUUUUUGGUAGCAAGCCUGCUGCAUCUGGUGGUCUAUUCGGCAACACUGCUUCUGGUGCGCCAGCUGCAAACAAUAAUCUCUUCGGCAGUAAGCCAGCAACAACGGGCUUUGGAGCUACAUCGGCCACGCCAUCAAGCACAUCAGGUAGUUUGUUCAAUAAUAAACCCUCUGGAACGACUGGUGGGUUUUUUGGAAACUCGAAUGCUCAGACAUCUGCACAACCAGGAGGGUCCCUACCUUCGGGUAACUCCUUUGGCUUUGGCCAACAAGCCCAGCAACAGAACAACUCUUUCUUCCAACCUCAACAGUCACAGCAACAGCAACAGCAACAGCAGCAGCAACCACUAAAUGGUUUCGGCACAAACACGCAGUUUCAGCAGCAAGGACCUGCAAUUGCAUCAGACCCAUACGGAACCGGUGCUUUGUUUCCUAACGUCUCGCCUGGAACGAUAGCCCCGCCUAUUGCCAGACCAGUCGCUAAGCCUGUUUCUAGCUUGCCCAAGAAGAAGCCAAACAUUACAGCUACUUACAGGCUUGCACCCAAACCAUUGUUCAAUUAUUCGGAAACUAUCUCGUCCAAGCCUGGAAGUAUCGUCGGAACGGUUGCUCCUUCUCGCACGCUGAGUCUCAGUCCAGCUCCAUCCUCAUCCACCAAGGGCGGCAACCUGUUCAACUCGAGCUCAGAUGAAGCAAUUCUUUCCAGUGGAAUUUUUGCGCCUUCGAAAAACGCUACUCGUCUGAUCAUAGAACGCUCCAAACACGAGGACCAUUUCGAGCACUUGAGACGUGACGACCAUCAAUCAAGUCCAACCCGCCAGGUCAGCUUCAAUGUCAAUUCCAGCGAAAGCAAGUUGAACUCGCCCAAGUCAAGCAGUGGCAGUGCCGAAUUGCCUAACGUGGCGGUCAUUGAACCCCUGUUGUCUCCUCCUGACUCCGCCAAGGCCGACGAUGAAUACUGGACGUCACCCUCACUGAAGGAUCUUCGAGCCCUUCCAGCCUCAGAGAGAAGAGCAGUUAAGAAAUUCACCGUUGGAAGAACUGGAUAUGGUAAAGUCGAGUUUCUGGAACCGGUUGAUUUGACUUCAAUAGAUCUUUCGUCUAUCUGUGGGAACCUCAUCAGCUUUGGUCCAAAGGAGUGUGUCAUUUACCCAGAGAAGACUCAACAGGCACCAGAAGGUGAAGGCUUCAAUAUUCCAUCCAAGAUCUCUUUGGAGAAUUGUUUCCCGCUUGCCAAAGAUACCAAGAAACCAAUCACCGAUGCCAAACACCCCAUCAUCAAAAAGCAUAUCAAAAAGCUUUCCCUUGUUCCCAAUACUAAGUUCGAGGGCUACGAUAGCACGACGGGUACCUGGACAUUUACGGUUGAGCAUUUGUGA